AGGUAGUUUGUCUUAUUUCUGUUGAAUUUACCGCCAGCCCCGAUCGACGGUCACGUUCCUGACGUCGAGUCACCCUUGGAGCAGAAGCCACACGUAUUGACAACUCACAAUGACCGUUCCACGCCUUCGCAUCGAUGGCCAAAUCUUCCGGGACCCCCAGAACCGAGAGAUCACCUUUCGGGGGAUCAAUGUUGCUGGAGAUGCAAAGUAUCCGCGAGCCCCGAACGUGCCAACCCACAUCUCCGAUGGUUUUUUUGAUGGGGAUAGUGUGUCUUUUGUCGGCCGUCCAUUUCCCUUAGAGGAUGCGCAUAAACAUUUUGCAAGACUUCGCAAAUGGGGCUAUAAUACGAUCCGGUAUCUGUUCACCUGGGAAGCAAUUGAACAUGCUGGCCCUGGCGUAUACGACGAGGAGUGGAUUGCAUUCACGAUAGAGAUUCUGCGAGUGGCGAAGCAAUAUGGGUUCUAUGUCUUCAUGGAUCCACAUCAGGAUGUUUGGUCGAGGUUCUCCGGUGGUUCAGGUGCCCCGAUGUGGACACUGUAUGCAGCAGGCUUCAAUCCACUUGCUUUCAAAAAGACAGAGGCUGCGUUGGUCCAAAAUACUUGGGAUGACCCUACCCAGUUUCCGAAGAUGAUUUGGGCUACCAACUAUACCCGCCUUGUCUGCCAAACGAUCUUUACUCUCUUCUGGGCAGGGCGGGACUUCGCACCAAAAGCAAUCAUUGAUGGUGUCAACAUCCAAGACUAUCUGCAGAGUCACUAUAUUGCAGCCGUAAAAUACCUUGCUCAGAAGAUCCACGAUGCAGGCGAUCUGGAGCAUGAGGUGGUCAUCGGCUGGGAGACUCUGAACGAGCCACACCGAGGCCUAAUUGGGGUUAAAGAUAUCUCUGUGAUUCCUCCUGAACAACAGCUUCAACUGGGGACCUCUCCGACCGCUUUUCAGGCUAUGCUCAGUGGGUCCGGGCGAGCUUGUGAAGUAACGACUUGGUCUUUUGGUAGUUUUGGUCCUCAUCAGACCGGAAGAGAGCUCGUUGACCCUGAGGGCGAGUCUGCAUGGCUGCCCGCUGAUUUCGACGACAGCAGAUAUGGCUGGAAGCGAGAUCCUGACUGGAAACUUGGUCAGUGUCUUUGGGCUCAACACGGCGUCUGGGACCCUGCCACCGACCAACUUCUACAAAAGGACUACUUCUCCAAGAACCCGCAGACAGGGGAGAAGCUCGAUUACGAGAAGUUUACCAACACCUACUUUAUCAAUCAUUAUCGAACUUAUAGAGAUGCGAUUCGGGGCGUUUGGCCGGAGUCUAUCAUGUUCUGCCAACCCCCGGUGAUGGAGGUGCCGCCAGAUUUGAAAGGAACAGUCGAUGACGAUUCGAACAUGGUCCACGCGGUGCACUUCUAUGAUGGUCUGACACUUCUCACAAAACACUGGAAUCGAUUCUAUAAUGUCGAUGUGAUCGGAGUCCUCCGUGGCAAAUACCUUACCCCAGCAUUUGCGGUGAAGCUCGGCGAGACAGCGAUCAGGAAUUGUUUACGGGAUCAACUCAAGUUCCUCAGAGAUGAAAGUCUUAAAUACAUGGGCAACCAUCCGCUCAUUUUUACCGAGAUUGGUAUUCCGUUCGACAUGGAUGAAGAUUAUGCAUAUAAAACAGGCGACUAUACCAGCCAAACUAGCGCCAUGGAUGCCAACCAUUUUGCUUUGGAAGGAAGCACUGGCAAUGGGUUUACCCUCUGGCUGUACAUGACACAGAAUUCACACGAAUGGGGUGAUCAAUGGAAUGGAGAAGACCUCUCUAUCUUCUCGCUCGACGAUCCAGAGCUCCCUAGUGGAACGCAUCUGGGAAAUAGAGCCGAGAUACGAAACCAUUCGGACCCUCAUUCGCCGGGGUACUCGGAUAGUCAGAACAACGCUAGCGACAUGCAGGUUGGUCCUCAGAAUCUGAAGCGAGCGCUGACCUCGCCAUCCAUCUCGUCUGCCUGCUCCCAGAUGACAGACUUGGAGAACCAGGGCUACCGAGCCGCAGAGGCCUACAUCCGGCCCAGCCCCGUCUACACCAACGGCAAAGUGACCCAAUUCCUGUUUGAAUUGCGCAACUGCACAUUUACCAUGGCUCUGGUCGCCAAAGCGGCCACGGCGGAACAUGCACCCACCGAGAUUUACCUGCCAGAAUUCCAUUUCCCGUCGGCCGAUACCGUGAUCGCAGUCAGCGGGGGCAAAUGGACUAUCGAUUACGAAGUCAUUCAAUCAGCCAGACUGCAGCGCCUGCGGUGGUGGCAUGCGGAGGGAGAGCAGGAUAUUAAGAUUCAGGGGGUGAAGCGCAAGCCAGGCGAGUACACCCAUGGCAGUGCCGAAGAAGUGACGUAUCUCGAACAGUGCCAGCGGGCUGCCUGUACUGUGAUGUGAGGAUGUCGCCAGCAGUGUCCCCCUCCCCUUUGACUUCUAUAUUUACCACUCUACUAUCAUCUGGGUCUCCUCUUUGUUUCGUUUCUAGCGCUUGUUCCGUGGUCUUCAGUUGAAGCCCUUGCUUUUUUUCAAUAGCUACAUGUAUGCUGUUUUAAGACGUCGCAUUUUACUGGAUCGAUACUUGAAAAGCAUAUCGGAUUUCCGAAAAUGACUCGACGUUUAUCAAGCGUAGAUAGUCGUCCGAGACAGAAUCUGCGUUAGCUAGGUACGUAUUCAGAGCAGAGAUAAGACGUAGAUUUCAUAGGCAUG